CAGCCCACGGGGUGGCUGACGCUGCUGAGCUCAUGCUAAUGAGCUAUUCUUCCCUGUUCUACCCCUUUCCCCCUCCCCCUCACUACAGCGGCUUCUGCUUCCCCUUGCUCUGCCUCAUUCCUCCCCGCCUUAUUUUUUCUCGCGCCAGCUAGGGCACCGAGGUGCAGUGGUGGCGGCGGCGGUAGCGGCAGCGGCAACGGCAGCAGCAGCCGCCACCGCAUCUGGAAAAGCUUAAGGUGGUCACAUAGGUUUCCCCUGGGCGUCAGGGUAGCAGCGUCAGCGGCUUUCCCAGGCAGCACGAGGGGCUUGGGACUGGAAGCUCACAGCCCUGGAGAAGGCGGGGAGGGAGAGGUGAAAAGGUGAAUGAAGGCUGAGGUGCAGUUUAGGGCUGAGGAACCGCGAUGCUGGGUUAAUUUUUCUAAUAUCGAAAAUACCAGUAACACAUAGAAAGGUGGAGGGUACAUAUGAGUCACUAGGAAGCCCGAAAUCUUGCUGUUUGAGAAAAGAAUGGGAGCUAAAAGCCGUAGUUCAGGAGGAAGAGUGAAUAGAAAUUAUAGAUACUCCAAAAUCUUACUAGCAAAUGAUUCAGAUCCUAUGCAAAAUGGCUUAGGCUAGGGUGUCCCUUUCCAUUUUGGGACAAGUGGACUUCUUCAACAAGUAAGCCUUUCUGGUCUUUGGGACUCGAACCGCUGUGCAUCUCUUCUCUUGGAAACUCCAGCAUUUCCUUUACUAGAAAGCAUUCUGCGUGAUUCGCUCCCUCUCUGAUGCAAGGUGCUGUCUCUGUCCUUAGCCCCAGUCCAACCAAUUAGCAUGCAAAGCAGAGCUCAGCCGGUGACAGCUUUCUGGUAACUCACCGAACCCAAUAUCCACAGACUUCAAUAUUUUCCGAAUUCAGGUUCAUUACACCAAGAUUUUCUAAGGAAAAUAGCGUGUGUUACUCCUUUUUCUUUUUCUUUUCUUACUCCAUUUCUUUUCGUUUUUCUUUUUUGAGAAGGGGGUGUCAUUUUCCAAACUACCAAGUUAAGGAAUAAUACAGUGUUUACUUGGGGUUCUAUGUUCUAGAGAAAUAUAGUUUUUAAAAAUACUAGGGGAGAAUACAGUUCUGAAGUUUAAAAGAAUUUACCUGAGGUGGAAAUCCCACCUUUCUUUGGGGAAAGCACACCUGUUGCAUGAAACUCUUGCAUUGUCAGGAGAGGGGAGCUAUAUUUCUCAAAUAGAUUAUGGUUUUAUAAGAGCAGAUUUGGUCCAGUACCCAUCCUGUCUCCCUCGUCCCAACCCCCUUUCCAUACCAGAGUCACUACGUUCUUCCCCCCAACACGUGAGCAUGAGGAAAGAGGGCAUCACACAAAAUAAAACGACUUUUUUAUUCUCCCAAGUGAAAAAUAUGGGAGGGGAAAGGAAAGCACCGAGAAAGGGAAACCCCGACUUAGCAGCCUAGUGGAAUAGACUUCUGUGCACAGGGGAUGCAUGUAGAAGUAUGGAGCGUGCGGAAGGGGACACGGCGGCGGGAUGUUAGAACAAUGAAAGUAGAUAUCACCCAAUAAAUACUGUGCUCCUACAGGUACGGGUUACCUGGCAUAUACAACCCCUCUCAGCCAUCCUUUCACUCCCUUUCUUAACUCCACCCUCAUCCCAUCCCAUCUUCGCUUUUGUUGGUACUCUUACACAUCUGGACUGCCCAAACUGGAGAGUUUUGGAAAAGGCGGGGCGAAGUGAGCUUUACUGAUUUUAGGACAAAGGGUAGAUAGGUUUCACCUAUUUCGGAAAAAAAGAAAAAGAAAAGGAAGAAAUGGAAAGGAAAAAAAAAAAAAAAACAACUAGACUAACAAGGUGAACCCAGAACGGUUCCCACCUUAAAAUCUGCCCUGCUUGUGACGUCAGGUCGGAAAUUUACCAAAGCGAGAGCUGGCCAACUGUAUGGGGAGAAACAGCCCAAAGGAGCUGGGAUUGGGCAGCCUGCACUGACGUGUGCUGACGCUUGGAGACUAGGUGCAUGUUGGCUGUGGAAUACGGAGCCCACAUAAACAAAGGCACAUUGGAGGGAAGGGCCAGUCUGUCCGGCUGCUCUCACUCUGCUACAAGAGUACUGCACUUCCCCAGCAGCGCUUGUAACUAGCAACUUCUCUGGACCGAUCUUUUUUUUUUUUUUUUUUUUUUUUUUUUUCUUCACCGAUCUAACCCACCCCCUCCCCUAUUCCCCCGUCACCCCACCUCCCAAAGGAAACUGCACUUCAAGACAGUUGAAUGAAUGAAAAGAGACGUGGAGAACCAUUAAGGAGCAGGCUGGACAUACUGGACUACUCACUUAUUUUUUAAUAUCUUGAAAACUUUGUCCUCCAUUGAAUUACGACACUGUCCACCUUUAAUUUCCUCCAAAACGCCUGUAACUCGGCUGAAGUGCUGAGUACAGCUUAUUUAAUACGGAACCUCCCUGUGGUUGAUCCAGGUGUGCAAAAGGUGUACAAAAGCAGGAGAGAAAGUGUUCACUUGACCAGGCUGAGUGUCUAUCACCCUGUUUCAUUUCCAGCCAUGCCCUGUGUUCAGGCUCAGUAUGGGUCAUCGCCUCAAGGAGCCAGCCCAGCUUCCCAGAGCUACAGUUACCACUCUUCGGGAGAAUACAGCUCCGAUUUCUUAACUCCAGAGUUUGUCAAGUUUAGCAUGGACCUCACCAACACUGAAAUCACUGCCACCACUUCUCUCCCCAGCUUCAGUACCUUUAUGGACAACUACAGCACAGGCUACGACGUCAAGCCACCUUGCUUGUAUCAAAUGCCCCUCUCCGGACAGCAGUCCUCCAUUAAAGUGGAAGACAUUCAGAUGCACAGCUACCAGCAACACAACCACCUGCCCCCACAGUCCGAGGAGAUGAUGCCGCACUCAGGCUCCGUUUAUUACAAGCCCUCGUCGCCCCCGACGCCCUCUACUCCCGGCUUCCAGGUGCAGCACAGCCCAAUGUGGGAUGACCCAGGCUCCCUUCAUAACUUUCACCAGAACUACGUUGCCACCACCCACAUGAUCGAGCAGAGGAAAACGCCAGUGUCUCGCCUUUCUCUCUUUUCCUUUAAGCAAUCUCCCCCUGGCACCCCAGUGUCCAGCUGCCAGAUGCGCUUUGACGGGCCUCUCCAUGUGCCCAUGAACCCCGAGCCGGCUGGGACCCACCACGUGGUGGACGGGCAGACCUUCGCUGUGCCCAAUCCCAUACGCAAGCAGGCGGCCAUGGGUUUCCCGGGGUUGCAGAUCGGCCAUGCCUCGCAGCUGCUGGACACACAGGUGCCCUCUCCUCCUUCCCGGGGAUCACCGUCCAACGAAGGACUGUGCGCUGUGUGUGGUGACAACGCAGCCUGCCAGCACUACGGCGUGCGCACCUGUGAGGGCUGCAAAGGUUUCUUUAAGCGUACGGUCCAGAAAAAUGCGAAAUACGUUUGUUUAGCUAACAAAAACUGCCCGGUUGAUAAGCGGCGCCGAAAUCGCUGUCAGUAUUGCCGAUUUCAAAAGUGCCUUGCUGUUGGGAUGGUUAAAGAAGUGGUUCGUACAGACAGUUUAAAAGGUCGGAGAGGUCGUUUACCGUCGAAACCGAAGAGUCCCCAGGAGCCCUCUCCCCCCUCUCCCCCGGUGAGUCUGAUCAGUGCCCUGGUGAGAGCCCAUGUCGACUCCAACCCGGCUAUGACCAGCCUGGACUAUUCCAGGUUCCAGGCUAACCCUGACUAUCAGAUGAGUGGAGAUGACACUCAGCAUAUUCAGCAGUUCUAUGAUCUCUUGACCGGCUCCAUGGAGAUCAUCAGAGGAUGGGCAGAAAAGAUCCCAGGCUUCACUGAUCUUCCCAAACCAGACCAAGAUCUACUUUUUGAAUCUGCUUUCUUGGAACUGUUUGUCCUGCGGUUAGCAUACAGGUCCAACCCAGUGGAGGGUAAACUCAUCUUUUGCAAUGGGGUGGUCUUGCACAGGUUGCAAUGCGUUCGUGGCUUUGGGGAAUGGAUUGAUUCCAUUGUUGAAUUCUCCUCCAACUUGCAGAAUAUGAACAUUGACAUUUCUGCCUUCUCGUGCAUUGCUGCCCUGGCGAUGGUUACAGAGAGACACGGACUCAAGGAACCCAAGAGAGUGGAAGAACUACAGAGCAAGAUUGUAAAUUGUCUCAAAGACCACGUGACUUUCAAUAAUGGGGGCUUGAACCGCCCCAACUAUUUGUCCAAACUAUUAGGGAAGCUCCCAGAACUUCGCACUCUGUGCACACAGGGGCUACAGCGCAUUUUCUACCUGAAACUGGAAGACUUGGUACCACCUCCAGCAAUAAUCGACAAACUUUUCCUGGACACAUUACCUUUUUAAGACUUUAUCCAGCUUAUUUCAAAUGAACUUGAAAGGAACGUGAACUGUCUGAGGGUGGGAAUUCCCACGUGCACAAAAGCACCUCUGGGUGCCUCUGCUCCAUUUCCCUCCUCUUCCCAACUUCCUAACCCAUCCCCAAACCUCCUGCUCCCACAUCUCCCCCACCCAAAACAAAACUGUUGCUAUUUCCUAACCUGCAGGCAGAACGUGAAAGGGCAUUUUGGCUCUGGGGCAUCCUGGAUUUAGAAUAUGGACUACACACAAUACAGUGGUAUAAACUUUUUAUUAUCGGCUUUAAAAAAGAAUUUAUUGCUCAGAAGAAGGACUCCUAUUGUAAGAUGAAAAAUGUCUAGUCACGUCGGGUGCUGCAGCUAAGACAGAUUGAAUACACAUACAAAAGUAUUAAGGUGACCCACAAAGUAUCGCCCUUUUAAAGACAAAGUUUUCUGCUGUAAAAGAAAGCUGUAAUAUAUAGUAAAACUUAAUGUUGCGUGGGUGGCAUGAAUUAAAGAAGGCAAAGGCUUGUAAAUUUAUCCAAUGCAGUUUGGCUUUUUAAAUUAUUUUGUGCCUAUUUAUGAAUAAAUAUUAAAAAAAUUCUAAAAGAUAAAUGUGUUUGCAAAAAAGGAAUAAAUUACACAAAAAGGGACAGCAUGUUGAUUCUAGGUCGAAAAUGUUAUAGGCACUUGCUAUUUCAGUAAUGUCUAUAUUAUAUAAAUAGUAUUUCAGACACUAUGUAGUCUGUUAGAUUUUAUAAAGAUUGGUAGUUAUCUGAGCUUAAACAUUUUCUCAAUUGUAAAAUAGGUGGGCACAAGUAUUACAAAACUGAAAAUCCUGACAAAGGGACACAUAGUGUUUGUAACACCGUCCAACAUUCCUCGUUUGUAAGUGUUGUAUGUACUGUUGAUGUUGAUAAAAGAAAGUUUAUAUCUUGAUUAUUUUGUUGUCUAAAGCUAAACAAAACUUGCAUGCAGCAGCUUUUGACUGUUUCCAGAGUGCUUAUAAUAUACAUAACUCCCUGGAAAUUACUGAGCACUUUGAAUUUUUUUGUUUUUUUUAUGUCUAAAAUUGUCAGUUAAUAUAUUAUUUUAUGUUUAAGUAAGAUUUUUAAUAUUGCCAUAUCCUGUAGUAUUUUUCUUUGUAUAUUUCCAGUAUGGCACAUGAUACAAGUCACUGCCUUUUUUUCUAUGGUGUAUGACAGUUAGAGACGCUGAAUUUUUUUUCUUGAUAAAUUCUUUCUUUGAGAAAGACAAUUUUAAUGUUUACAACAAUAAACCAUGUAAACGAC